AUGAGUGACAACAAGACAAGAGCAGUAGUACCCCUGGAGUCCAAUCCAGAAGUGUUCACGGAGUUUGCCCACAAGCUGGGAUUGCAAUCAGGGUUUGCUUUCCAUGACAUAUAUUCACUAACAGACGCAGAUCUUUUAGAGUUUUUGCCCCGUCCAGUAAAGGCAAUUAUCUUAUUGUUUCCCUUGAAUGAGUUCUUUGAGACUCACAAGCCUCAAUCUCCCAAUCGUGGGGUCCAAAAGGGGGGCGCAGACAAUACCAUUUGGUUCAAGCAAAAUAUUAAGAAUGCAUGUGGAUUAUAUGCUAUAUUACACUCUCUUUCCAAUAACAAAAGUUUGCUGGAGGAUGAUUCCACGCUAUCGAAGUUUUUGCAAACAUAUGAUAAGAAGAAUGUGGAUGCCACGGAUGAAUUCAUCUAUAAUGUGAGCGAGACCUUUUCUGAUAAUUUUGAAGCAGGUCAAACGUCUGCUCCAGACCCUAACGAUGAUGUAAAUUUACAUUUUAUCACGUUUGUUGCCGAUCCUGAGAGUAAAGAUGUUUAUGAAUUGGAUGGUAGAAAUGAAAAUGGUCCGAUCUUUAUUGGAAAAUUGGAUGAAAGUGUAGAUAAUGGAGAUUUAAUUGGACAGAAAGAUUUGAUUGCCAGAGUACAAUGGUAUAUGAACAAUGCAUCUGAAGCUGAUAAAUUAAAUUUUUCGUUACUGGGGUUAUCCUGGAAUUAG